UGUCUGUUGCUGAUUGUGACAACAGCCCAGCAACACGUGUAGAAACGUAAUGAGUGAUUUGUGAAUUUAAAUUAAAUAAAACUGCAAUUAUGCCUAAAUGGAAUCAAAAAAAUUUGCCAAUUCCACCAAUAUCUACAUAUAAAACAUUAAAGAAAGAUAUAAAUUUAAAACGAUUGUCCAAUCUGUGCCGAAGACUUAAAAUAUUUUUUAAGGAUAACCAAUACAUUGAAGCAGAAUAUUUAGUACUUAGAAGAAUAAUCUAUCGAAUGAAACAGAAAUUUCGUUCAUCAAAAGAUUUUAAAGCCACUGAACAAGUUUGUAAAUCUUUAAAGAUAUAUUUCAACACAGACAUAGUAUCACAUUUGAAAACAAUAAUCGGUCUUAUACCAAAGAAAUACAAGAAAAAAACGUAUCUACCCUCAAAAAACUUAAUAGUUUUUUUAUUAGUAAGACUACAAGGUAUAUCUUGCUUGCUUAAAAAAAUUGUCGAGAGUUGCCUUGAGGCUGCUGGUCUUUUGUUCAUUCGUUUAAAAACUGGACAUCUCUGGAAAGUGGGAAUAAUUGUGUAUUCUAUUAUUUCUAGAAUAUAUGCAUUAACGAAAUUUGCAACAAACAAAAUAUGUGAAUUCUAUAAUAAAUUAAUAAUAUAUUCAAGGAAGUUAAAAGGUGGGGGCAAAUGGCUGCCAGAUGUUAAUGAGUUACCCCUAGACCUCAAAGAGUGGUUAAAUAUAGAUUGGUUGGAACUCGAUGAAGAGAUACAACUAGUUGAUAUUACAGAGAUUCCUAGUACAUCUUUCUUCAAUUUAGUAGACGAUGAUGAUGAUAUAGAAUUCUGUGAUGAAUAUAUACUAGUUAAAGAUGAAGAAAAAAGAGAAAUUAAAUCAGAAUUAAUAACCGAUUUAAGAGGUUUUGAAAUUAAUGAUGAUAUUGGUGAUAUAGUUGAAUUAGAAGACUCUAUUAUAGAUUGCAAUUUAUCAACAGAUCAAGUAGAUUCAAAGGAAGUAGUGGAAUUAAGUGAUGAUUCAUUCGAAACUGAUGAGAAUUUACCAAAAAUUAAAUCUCGAAAACAACAAAAAUUAAAUAAAUCUUUAAAAAAGCAAAAAAAUAAAAAUGGUAUUAAAAAAAAUAAAGGCAAAAAAAAUAAGUCGAAUAAAGGCAAAAUAAAAAUACCAAAAGAAAAAUUUAAAGAUAAGUCGUACUUUUUAAGAAAGAAAAAUGAAAGUUGUUUGUAAAUUACCUAUUUAAUAAAAUUUGAAUUUUUUUCUUUUUUUUUCUUUUUAGACCAUGUACAUGUCAUUCAUUCAACGACUAUAAAUAGACAAAGCAUUAUAGUUGUUUUCUGAUUGAUAUAGCUUAUGGAGUACACUCCAUAAUAUACCUCAACCAAAGCAAUCUAAUAGCGUUUUCCAUUAGUGAUACUCUGGCAUUUUCAGUAUAAGAUUUGUGUUCAAUUGGUAACUCUUUUAGUUUUUCGUUUACCAUAGGAAAACUGGAGUUCUAAAACUUGCACUCCGUCCAACUUUUUUAGCAGGAGCUCAAGAGAGCAUUAUACAGUACAAGAGUACAAUAAAUAACACUAAUUUUCUGAUGAAAAUGUAAUCAAUGUAUUAAGCAGCUGUAUUAUUGAUUAUA